GGGGACCGAGGGGUCUGGCCGCGGCCCCUUUAAGCGCAGAGCCCGCCUCUCCCGGGCGCACCGCCCCGCCGAGCCCGCUGCGAGCCGCCGCCGCCGCCGCCGCCAUCAUGAUCUGCCUGGUGCUGACCAUCUUCGCCAACCUCUUCCCGGCGGCCUGCGGCGGCGUGCACGAGCGCACCUUCCUGGCCGUGAAGCCCGACGGCGUGCAGCGGCGGCUCGUGGGCGAGGUGGUGCGGCGCUUCGAGAGGAAGGGCUUCAAGCUGGUGGCGCUGAAGCUGGUGCAGGCCUCCGAGGAGCUGCUGCGCGAGCACUACGCCGAGCUGCGCGAGCGCCCCUUCUACGGCCGCCUGCUCAAGUACAUGGGCUCGGGGCCGGUGGUGGCCAUGGUGUGGCAGGGGCUGGACGUCGUGCGCGCCUCGCGGGCGCUCAUCGGCGCCACGGACCCGGCCGCCGCCCCUCCCGGCACCAUCCGCGGGGAUUUCUGCAUCGAGGUCGGCAAGAACGUAAUCCACGGCAGUGACUCGGUGGAGAGCGCCCGCCGCGAGAUCGCGCUCUGGUUCCGCAGCGAUGAGCUCCUGUGCUGGGAGGAUAGCGCCGGGCACUGGCUGUAUGAGUAGCCGGGCCUCGGGGGCCGGGCCUCCAGGGCAGAUGUGCGCUCUCUGAAAUAGGCUGUGAAUGAUUCAGCAUCCUCCGGACCCCGGAGGCGGUGCACACAUCCUCUUCCCCUGGGAGCUCAGAACACCCUUCCUGCGGUAGCAAUCACAGCUCCCCUUCACGACCUCCAGGGGCGGGUGGGUGCACGCCCCACCAAGCCCUGGCAUGUCACGGGCCUUUCUGCGGGGGAAGCGACUCAGGAGCCCAAGCCCGGACUGCACUGUUAACAGCACGCCUGGAAAUGCAUGGUGGCACUGACCCA